CAUCAUCACGCUUCCAUGGCCAACACCACCGUCAGCGGCUCCUUCGCCAUCCACGGCCAGAAUCCACAACAUCUAGUCGAGACUGUCAUCCGUAACCGAAUUUACGAGUCCAAUUACUGGAAAGAACAUUGUUUUGCAUUAACUGCCGAAAGCCUCAUUGACAAGGCCAUUGAACUGAAAUAUAUUGGAGGUGUAUACGGAAACCAGCGACCGACAGAUUUUAUGUGCCUCUUGUUAAAGUUGCUCCAGAUCCAGCCUGAGAAAGAAAUCCUCAUUGAAUAUCUGCAGGCGGAGGAUUUCAAAUAUCUACGGGCUCUGGCAGCAAUGUACAUCCGGAUGACAUUUCGCGCGGUGGAGGUGUACGAUCUCCUCGAGCCACUGCUGAAGGACUACAGAAAAUUACGGCUUCGGAACAUGGCCGGCUACUCUCUUACAUUCAUUGACGAGUUCGCGGAUUCGCUGCUAACAGAGGAACGCGUCUGCGAUAUUAUUCUGCCACGGCUAGCGAAAAGACAGAUCCUUGAAGAAAACGGAGACAUUGGUCCCAGAAAGAGUCGCUUACUGGACGCAAUGGAAGGCAAGAGCGACCGGGGAAGAAGCCGCAGCAGGAGCAGUAGCAGAACGAGUUCACGCUCACAAAGUCGGAGCAGGAGCUUGUCGUCUGCGGGUCGUUUCAUUUCCAGAAGCCCUUCUCGUUCCCGGUCGGGUUCGCGGUCACCGUCCCCAUUCCGGUCUCGUAGUAGAAGCAUCUCUCCAGAUCGUAUGGAAACAGAUUCGUGAUGUAUUAACAAGUGUACUAUACUAUCUUUUCUUCUGUUUGUCAAAUCUCUGGUCUUUCCAGACACCAAGCUCCUUUGCGAGGACUUUCCA